GGCUCAACAACCACCACUGAGGAAGGCCCCUCUCCUUCAGAGCACAGUGAGCAGAGGAUGAAUCCCUGCCCUUGUUUCUUCCGGCAGGGCAAAGGAUGCAGGGGUUCCAUUGGUUUUCUCAGCCCGCCCUUCUGGAGUUCAGACCUCCAGUUCCCGAAAUGCGGACCAAGCCGGACUCUCCGCGCGCAGGCAGAACGCUCGACUUCGUCGCUUCCCCGGAACCGGCGGAUUGGCCUUAGCCCCGCCUGCCUGGGCGCUGGGCGUGGCAUGGGGCGUGGCUUGGGCGUGGGGCGCGGCCUGAGCGCGGGGCGUCCGUCGGCGACCAGCCAGAGGAGAAAGAACAUGGCGGGCGCAGCGGGGGCAGGGGCCUGUCCGGGGGCAGCGGGCGGAGAUGGAGACGACUCGCUCUACCCGAUCGCGGUUUUAAUCGACGAGCUCCGCAAUGAGGACGUGCAGCUCCGGCUCAACAGUAUUAAGAAGUUAUCAACUAUUGCUCUAGCACUCGGGGUAGAAAGGACUCGAACUGAACUGCUGCCUUUCCUUACAGAUACGAUUUAUGAUGAAGAUGAGGUGCUGUUAGCUCUUGCCGAGCAGCUGGGAAAUUUCACUGGUUUGGUGGGAGGCCCUGACUUUGCCCACUGUCUGCUGCCUCCUUUGGAAAGCUUGGCCACGGUGGAGGAGACUGUUGUCCGAGACAAGGCUGUGGAGUCCCUGAGGCAGAUCUCCCAGGAGCACACUCCCGUUGCGCUCGAAGCUCAUUUUGUGCCUCUGGUAAAGCGCUUGGCAAGUGGGGAUUGGUUCACAUCUCGAACAUCUGCGUGUGGUCUGUUCAGCGUUUGCUAUCCCAGAGCUUCAAAUGCUGUCAAGGCAGAAAUUCGACAGCACUUCCGUUCCCUGUGCUCAGAUGAUACACCAAUGGUGCGACGUGCUGCUGCUUCCAAAUUGGGUGAAUUUGCAAAAGUUUUGGAAUUAGACAGUGUAAAAACUGAAAUUGUUCCAUUGUUCACGAAUCUAGCUUCAGAUGAACAGGAUUCUGUGCGCCUGCUAGCUGUGGAAGCUUGUGUCAGUAUUGCCCAGUUACUGUCUCAGGAUGACCUUGAGGCCUUAGUAAUGCCUACACUUCGGCAAGCAGCAGAAGAUAAAUCUUGGAGGGUUCGCUAUAUGGUAGCUGACAAAUUUUCAGAGCUCCAGAAAGCGGUGGGACCUAAAAUCACACUUAGUGACCUCAUCCCCGCCUUCCAGAGCCUCCUCAGAGACUGCGAAGCUGAAGUUCGAGCAGCUGCUGCCCACAAAGUAAGAGAACUUUGUGAGAACCUGCCCAUUGAAGGUAGAGAGACCAUAAUUAUGAAUCAAAUCCUGCCCUAUAUAAAGGAAUUAGUGUCUGAUACCAACCAACAUGUCAAGUCAGCUCUAGCUUCUGUAAUUAUGGGAUUAUCUACAAUCUUGGGCAAAGAGAACACCAUUGAACAUCUCCUGCCUCUUUUUUUAGCUCAGUUAAAGGAUGAGUGUCCUGAAGUUCGUUUAAAUAUCAUCUCCAAUUUGGACUGUGUAAAUGAAGUGAUUGGAAUUCGUCAGCUCUCUCAGUCUCUCCUUCCUGCCAUAGUGGAGCUGGCUGAAGAUGCUAAGUGGAGGGUCCGCCUGGCUAUCAUCGAGUAUAUGCCACUGCUGGCCGGCCAGCUGGGUGUGGAGUUUUUUGAUGAAAAGCUGAAUUCUUUGUGUAUGGCCUGGCUUGUGGAUCAUGUGUAUGCCAUCCGGGAAGCUGCCACCAACAACCUCAUGAAGUUAGUCCAGAAGUUUGGUACAGAGUGGGCCCAGAAUACCAUUGUCCCUAAAGUGUUAGUAAUGGCAAAUGAUCCAAAUUACCUGCAUAGGAUGACCACUUUAUUCUGCAUAAAUGCACUGUCUGAAGCCUGUGGUCAGGAAAUAACCACUAAGCAAAUGUUGCCCAUCGUGUUGAAAAUGGCCGGAGACCAAGUAGCAAAUGUCCGUUUCAAUGUGGCCAAGUCACUACAGAAAAUUGGACCUAUUCUAGAUACCAAUGCCUUGCAGGGGGAAGUGAAGCCCGUGCUGCAGAAGUUAGGUCAGGACGAAGACAUGGAUGUCAAGUAUUUUGCACAGGAAGCUAUAAGUGUGGUGGCACAAAGGCUGAGGAAGCUAGAUUUUCCUGUGAAGGACAGUGAAGAGCCCAGCAUCCCUGGGGUUGACAAGAACCUCUUCCUGAGACCCCAAGUGCCUGGAGAGGACACUGGGAAGUUUUUACCUUUGAUGUCUAGGCACAGAGAGACCGACCGGCUCAGGUGGCUUCCGAGGAGGCAGUAGAGGCAGCCCAGCUUAGGGGUACAAACGCAGCAAAGGUCAGCCCCGGCAUAGGGACUCUGCAACCUUCCACUGGGAUCAGUGUCAUCAGAUGACACUGCAUAUUGUCUCUAAAGGAGGAGGAAUGAGAAAAGUUGCCUGGACUAUGAAUUUUCUUUAAACCAGUAGGGAGCUUAACUCACUGUUGAUAAGUAUAAUCCAGUCCAGAGAAACUCUGACCCUGAUAUAUUUAAGAAGCAGGCUUGAUGAGAGGCUAGAGAACUCCACAGAAGAAAAGCCCACUGGGUCCCCAUGUCCUGAGCUGCUAGCACAUCUGGGCCCUUCAUCAGCUGGCCUAGAAGCUGCUACUUUUUGGGUUCCUUCAGUUUCUGGCUCAUCACACUGACACUCUCCAGCUGAGAACACACUCUUUUUCCAGUCCUAGUAUUCUUCCUUAGGUAUAAUGGCUUCUGGGGUACAGUUUCAGAGGUCUGUGAUGAGUUCUUGCUGAGUGCCCCAGUAACUGCAGUUCUCAGGCAGGGCAGAGGGGGUCACUGCACGGGCUGGGUUGUACUAAGAGGUUAUGGGGUAGGGGCCUCACAACAAUGCAGUACCACAACUAUAAAAGUUAGGAGGGAGCAUGAGAGACAGAGGCUGAAGUCCUACCUCCCUGACACCAGUACAUGAUUUAAACAUUUCUGCGUUCUUGAUUUCUAAGAUAGAGGGACCCUGGCUUUCUUUUUUCUAGGGUGCAAAGUGACAGGAGGGGCUUUGCUUAGACCAGCUCUUAGAUCUCAUAUUAGUCCACAAGGUCCCUGGGUCUUUGUUAUCUCGCAUUGGUUGGAUUCUGGAGGGUUAUGGACAUAGAGGACUGCCCCCAUCUUUGUUCCCUGAUGGUGGCAGGAAGGCAAUUCAGACAGGCCAAGUCAGGGUAGGGCGAGGGAUGGCGCUGGUCAGGCAGCUCCCUGGGAAUAGAGGAAUGGGACCCCAUAACCUGUUGUCUUCCUAUUGCAUUAACACCCUCUAUUUGCUUUACAGGGACCAGCAUGUCAGUUGCAUGUAAAUAUUAGAGACACACUUGCCCAACUGGAAAUUGCAGAACUAAAUGCAUUUCCUCCAAAGCAGAGAGUAAUACCCCUGGAUAACAAAAGACAAUAAACAAAAAAUAAAAAGUACCACGCAUAUUGCACUUUUUGCCAAAUGAAAAUUUUACCUCAUGUUUGAAUCGUCAGUCUCUUUGGAGAGGCUGCUUUACAAGGUAACAAAGCUAUGGGUUAUUAUACAGUAGUGUACACACUGCUGAUGUGAAUUGACAGGCGAGCAUGUCAGUAUUUCAAAGCUGCCUCUCCGUAAGAGUGGGCCUAAGCCUCCUUAGUGUUACUUAGUACUUGUGAGGAGAAACGGCUUGGAAGCUUCCAUAGGUCACUAGUUAGGGGACAGCAACAGAAGCAAUCAGAUGAGCUGAACACCAGAGCCCAUCUGCUCUCACCAGCUUCCAUCUCGGGAAAUAAAGAUAGCCAUGGAAUUACAAUUUCUACUUGAAAGAAGUGAGGAGCAAACAGGAGCUUACGACAAGUUCCAGCAGGAUGGUUCAUGUUCUUCACCAGGCGACUGUCCUCACCUCCUCUCUGGGUCAGUGCCUAACAGGUCUGGCAGCUGAUCAACGUUCCUGGUUUCUCUCUGCAGCCUUUAACUUGACAGCCUCUCUCCGCAGCCCUCAUCUGUCGCCUAACUGUCCUGCCAUAGCUGCUAGGUCUCUUGGGCUAAGCAGCUCACAGCCCUGGUGGGGGGCAUGGGUUUAGGCCAAUCUGUAGCGGUCUGUUCCUGCAGUCCUGAAAUGAGCAGCCCCCCAUUUUCAAUCUGGAAGGCAUUUUCAUUUCAUCAAUAUUACAGCACUUCUGCAGUAAAUUUUAGGAAAACAUCCUCCCCCAGCCUAAACAAAUCAAGCCCCGUUUUAUAACUUGGCUUAUUUUGCAAAGCUUUAAAACACAUUAGAGAUCUUAAUGAAAUGAUCUCUCAAAUGAAAUGUUCUUUACCUCACAAUAUCAUCGAUCUUAAGCAUGAGGAGGAACACAAUCAAUAAAAGAAAUGCAAUUUAUCCUUACUGGAUAUUUUCAGUUAUUACAUCACAAAAAUGGCAAACCCUUCUGCUAUCCAUUCCUGCUGUAACCCACAGCCCAAUUCCAAGCAGAGUGCAUUUUCAAAGCAGCCUGGCACCAAUGGGGAGCCCAGCAACUAGUCUCUGGCCAGCCUCAAAGACUGCUUGAGUCACCAACAUUGGCAGGGGCUGGGCUGGGCUGGGCUGGGCCCAGGAUGGCGCUCUGUAGACUUCCCGUGCCUAGUCUUCCCUUGCCUGCCUGGACACUUACUACAGAGAGGAAAGGCAACUUAUAGGUGUUUCUAGAUGCAGCAUCAGUGUAGUAGCUCUCUUCUUGUGCUUUAAGGAAGACGCUUUGUGCUUAGUGCAUUCAUCUGCUGAUAGGACAAGCCACUCUAAAGGAUAGAAAUUACAAUUUUUAUAAAUAAUACUGAGUUUUUAACACUUGAAUGUCACUGUGCAAAUGACAGAUAACUAAUUACUUCUAGAUAUCCAGUUGACUAGCUAUAGCAUCUAUUUUUCAUUUCCUCUGAUGAGUGAAUUAAUGGUUGAGCUUUUCUAGUAAACGGCUAACCCAGCUAUGGUUCUUUGAAUAUUGCUAUAAUACUUGAACAUUUUAUACAAAUCAAAACUAAGGAAAUUAGGAUUCUGACUCCCACAUGGUGGAAAAUAAACUAAAGUGACUUAGCAA